AUCUAUCAUCACUUCUAAGAGCUGCAGCUGUUAGAUCCUGCAAUACGAUCCCAUCUACCUUUACUCAAACAAAUUACUUAUCAAACAAAAGUUGAGAAAAAUUCCCAAAAAACGGAGCCCCUUUCACUUGGUAAUAUGUUGUGAUAUUCAUUCCUAUGGCUUCAGCCGUUUUAUCCAAGAGUCUCUUUGCCAACCGCUUUCUCAAAUCCUCCUCCACUUCCUUCCUCUGCCCAAACCCCCGAUUUUCGCUCUCUGCCUUCACCAGGAAACCAUUUCAUUUGCAAGCAGCUCCAAUCUACUACUCUAACAAGGUUAUUGAUUCUUUUACUCGUAUGGCUUCCUCAACUGUUGGGGCACAACCAUCAUUCUCAACACUAGCAAUGUCAACCAAUGAAUCGGUUGUUUCAGUUGACUGGCUCCAUGCAAACCUCAGAGAUCCUGACUUAAAGGUGUUAGAUGCAUCUUGGUACUUGCCAGACGAGCAGAGAAAUCCACUUCAGGAGUAUCAGGUCGCGCACAUUCCUGGAGCACUGUUCUUUGAUGUGGAUGGAAUAUCUGAUCGAACUACAAAUUUGCCGCAUAUGUUGCCAUCCGAAGAAGCAUUUGCAGCUGCUGUAUCUGCUCUUGGUAUCAAAAACAAAGAUGGUGUCGUCGUAUACGAUGGCAAGGGCAUUUUCAGUGCGGCUCGUGUUUGGUGGACGUUUCGAGCUUUUGGACAUGACAAAGUUUGGGUUUUGGAUGGUGGCUUGCCAAGAUGGCGUGCUUCAGAAUAUGAUGUCGAAUCAAGUGCAUCUGGCGACGCGAUUCUGAAAGCUAGCGCUGCCAGUGAGGCAAUAGAGAAAGUAUAUCGAGGACAGAUGGUUGGACCUAAUACCUUCGAGAUCAAGUUUCAGCCGCAUCUUGUCUGGAAUCUCGAUCAGGUUAAAAGGAACAUUGAAGACAAAACAUAUCAGCAUAUAGAUGCUCGGUCCAAAGCUAGGUUUGAUGGUGUUGCACCAGAGCCUCGAAGAGGAAUAAGAAGUGGACAUGUACCUGGGAGCAAGUGUAUUCCGUUUCCACAGAUGCUGGAUGGCUCGCAAACACUCUUAUCCCAUGAAGAGCUCAAGAAAAAAUUUGAUCAAGAAGGUAUCUCUUUGGACAAGCCUGUUGGUACUUCUUGUGGCACCGGUGUAACUGCUUGCAUACUUGCAUUGGUUAGUUGAACACUCU